AUGGCAAAAUUUAAUACAAUCAAAUCACUAGUCUUACUAGGCUUAAUUUUUGUGUUGAUUUUCAGUGACUUAGCUACUCCCAGAUAAUCUAGAAGAGAUAAAAUUAAAAAGGCUAAAGAAGCAUAGCAAGAGGGCAUACUAUCUCAAGGUAUUAGGGCCCUUUCAGACUUGAGCAUUGAAAGAAAACUUCUACUUGACUGUAAUAUGCAGAUGAAUUUGCAAGAAACCUUAGAAAAUAUGUUACCUCCAGAUGCAAAAGGAAACAGACCAAAAUUGUAAUAUGCCUAUUUCUGUGGCGGUGCUACUACUCCUGCAAUCACAACUCCACCUCCAAAUACAACAGCAAAUAUUAAUAUCACAAAGUCCCCGAACGGUACAAAACCAGGAACAAAUGCUAUCUACACUCUUCUCAAUAUUGUUUUAUUAACUUCGAUCGCUUUGUCAGCUGUUUUCAUCUGA